AUGGGAAGAAAGUGCUUAGACUCCGCAUCCGCCGCACAUGGUGGCUGUCAUUUAUCGGAUGAUGAUGCAUUUCAGAUGUACCGUGACACAAGAUGCAAAGAAAAGAUGAAGAAAGAGAAAUCUUCAACGGGCGGAGACUCCGCAUUCCCUGUCGUUCCUCGAAUAGUGGAGACCACCCGGACCCGGAGAUGCUCCGCUAGACUCCGCACCUCCCUCCGACCCCCCUGUCUCCCGCGGGAGCCACAAACGUCAUGCCUUCCCACCAAUCAGACCUCGCCUCGGUCAAGCCUCUGGAAGAAAAAAGUGGUGAUGAGCUUCAGGGCCGUCCAACAAAAGUCUGGAGAACUGGGCUGGAUCAUGGAUGGCUGGGUUGGUCUCAUCCCGAAUCUGGGGAAAGACCACGCCCCGGGCCUGGCUGACGGUGGCUACGCCGCACAUGCGCAUGGAGCUCGGCUCGGGGAUGUUUCACCGGCGGAGUCUCCUGUUGACGCCUCGUGCCGCCAUCUUCAGAAUGAUCAGAAUGGGUUCCAGCUACGCCUUGGCACGAGUCGAGGACGCCAUCACCAGACCUGUAGAAGGCUUAGUGAAGCCUUUGUCUUGAUGGUCCAGCUGGGAAACCCUCCAAAACGAGAUUCAAGAGACCAAUCCUGUCGCUCCAUUUGGGAAAAACAACGUGAUUCGACACAUCUUCCCCUCCCCCUAACCACCACAGAAUGCUUGGCACAGCAACAAACCACCCCAUGUCAACCGAGACUGACAUACUUUCAACAUGCUGCAAAAUCCUUCCCUCACCUCACCAUCAUGACCACACACGAAAAUCAACGCGUCCGACUUUCGCGCAUCCCCGAGCCUCACCCGCCUCCCUCAAUCCUCCUCCUCAUCAUCUCAUACAUCUCAUCCAAUCUUUCAUCCGUCAUAUCUCCAGCAUCAUAA